AUGUUACAACAAGUUAAUGUCUGUACCAAUUUUGAAAAAUAUGUGUGUGGAAAUUUCCCGUGGCGCUACUCCAGUGCGCCAUUCGUCAAUAGCUUGGAAAUGCUGGACUACAAUAUAAAUACAAAGCUCGUCCAACUGAUGGAGGAACUGGAGCAGAGCUCUCCCAACGAGACGAGUGUGGAGGCAAAGGCCCUGCAGUUCUAUCGCACCUGCCGCCAAGCCCCUCCAGAAACGCGCAAGCUGGGUCACUACUUGGGGAUGGCUCCUCCAGCGGAGGGGCUCACCUGGCCCCCGUUGACCCCUCCUGGGAAUGCCUGGCCAAAGGAUCAGUUUAAGUGGAUGGAAACCGUGGCAGAAAUGGUCCGGUAUGGCCUCAACAAUGUUUUGAUCAACGUGGAAGUUAGUCAAAAUUGGCAGAACACUACCGAGACUCUAUUACAACUAGGUAGUCCCAAGCCGAACGAGCUUAUCAAUACUAAGGAUGCACGCAGAGCUCUUCGUGACAUGGGAGUGUCAUCAGAUAAGAUUACGACUCUCUUGCGAAGGAUGAGAAAGCUGGAAAGUGAUAUUGAAAGCCUAAUCAAAUGGCACAACAAAGGCCAAAUAGAAAUAGUGACUGUUCAUCAAAUGGAAAAGAGAACUGGCUACGAAUGGCAAAAGUUCGUCGAGCAAAUAGUUGGUCAUGCCAUUCAACCCAACUUUCGGGUUCGUGUCAAGAACUGGCCCUACUUGGUGGACAUUAAGGAGCUAAUAGACACCGCCGACGCCGAACUAGUGGCCAACUAUAUAAUGACCCGAUUUUUCCUCUUCCUACAGCAGGGCAUCACAGGGGGCCAGGACGCCAUCGAUUGCGUUAGAGAUCUUCGCCUCUACAUGGAUGUGGCCUCCAACCUGCUGUACAAGGAGCGAUUCCUGAAUACCACAGAGCUCCAAUUGUACACACAGGAAGUUGAAGACCUCUUCGAAGAAAUUCGCCAGCAGUUGCUCCUCAAAAUCGAGCACAAUCGCUAUGAACUGACCAGUGAGCAGAAGGAGUAUGUCUCCAGGAAAGUGCAGGAUGUGGUCCUCAACAUCGGCAACAUGCCCAAGGGACGGGAUCAUCGGAGCUUCGCCAACGAGCACUAUGAGGGUGUGGAGUUUCCUUCGACGGACCUGGACUUUGGUCGGGAGUACCUCAAGAUGAAAAAGUUUCUCACCCAGAAGGUGUGGUCGCAACUGCAUGGAUCGCCUCUAAGUCCCGAAGAAACCUUAUACUUGUACUGGAUGAAGAGCAUCCCGACUUCCCUAUUGCGUUAUUACCCUCUCCAGAACACAAUCUUCGUGGGCUAUGGCGUUUUGCAAGAACCUUACUUUGUUCUGGGUAGCCACGAAGUAUUCAAGUUCAGCAAGAUGGGAUUCGGUCUCGGCCAUGAGCUGAUGCAUGCCAUCGACAAUCAGUUAUUUAUCUUUGACAGCCGCGGAAACGUUAACGAAAUUGGCAUCGAAAUCGCGACGUCACCGCGUUUUCGGAAUAGCAUGAACUGCUUGGCCAAAAGUGGGUCAACCAAGUUGAGCGAACUCAGUGCGGAUAUUGGCGGUUUUGAUCUGGCCUACUCCGCGUACCUUUCCAAAACUAGGAACUCCACAGACUUCACUUAUUUUACACCUCAACAGAUCUUCCUAAUAAAUAUGGCGCAGGGUUUUUGCUCAGAUGGCUAUCCCCGUCCUGACGAACAACACGACGACGACAUAAGACGCAUAAAUCAAAUGUGGAAUCUUGGUAACCCACCGCCUUAUUUGGCUUUUGGAUGUCCCCAGGAAACCCAACCGUGUCAACUGUGGUAA